UGAAUCGUGUUAUCGCUCCAGAGAGAGAGAGAGAGGGGGGCGGCCGAGCUUCUCCAUAUACACCAGCGCUCUCGUCUCCUCGCUGGGAUUGUGAGCAGAUUGUAAAUGAAGUCUAAACAGAGGAAAGUUUCACGCUUCUCUUCACAAACCCACAGAAGAGACGAUGACGAGAGAAUUCAAAGCGCUUCCUACACAAACACAGAGCUCUGAUGAACCAGAAUGAACAUCAUCCUCCUCACUGAGGAUCUGUGUGUAAACUCCAGACAUGAACGGAUACGGCGGAGUCACGCCGCAGGCCUCGCAGAUGAACGGUCACGGCUCACGGUCUCCAGAUGUUCCUGCCAAAACCUCCGGCGGUAAAGCUCUGUACGAGCAAAGGAAGAAUUACACCAAAAACAGCAUCAACAGCCUGACGGACACGUCGCAGUAUCAUGUGGAGCAUCUGACCACGUUUGUGAUGGACCGGAAAGAGGCCAUGCUGACCAUCGAGGACGGCAUCCGGAAACUGCGUCUGCUGGACGCCAAAGGCAAGGUGUGGACACAAGACAUGAUCCUGCAGGUGGAUGGGAAAGCCGUCAGCCUCAUCGACAACGACAGCAAGAACGAGCUGGAGAACUUUCCUCUGGCCUCCAUCCAGCACUGUCAGGCCGUGAUCAACGCCUGCAGCUACGACUCCAUCCUGGCGCUGGUGUGUAAGGAGUCCGGACAGGGAAAACCAGACCUGCACCUGUUCCAGUGCGACGACAUCAAGGCCAACUUAAUCCACUUGGACAUCGAGAGCGCCGUCAGCGAUCACAAGGGCGGAAAAGUCAAGAAGAGGCCGGAGGCUCUGAAAAUGAUCCUGAAGAGUGACGGGACUAUCCCUCCGCCCCCGGGAGGCCCCGCCCCCCAGCCUCCAGGAGCUGUCAAUCGAGGGGACGCCAAGAGCCGAGUGGCCAGUUGGUCUGCCUGGACCAAUGAGCAGCAGGACUAUGAUCCACAGAGACUGUACACAGAGCUGGACGGGUCGGGUGAGAUGAGCGCAGCGCAGGUGGACAGAGAUGUGCAAAUCCUCAAUCACAUUCUGGACGACAUCGAACACUUCGUCACCAAACUGCAGAAAGCUGCCGAGGCCUUUAACGAGCUCUCCAAACGCAAGAAAACCAAGAAGAGCAAGAAGAAAGGACCUGGAGAGGGAGUUUUGACGCUGAGAUCUAAACCUCCGUCUCAGGACGAGUUUGUCGACUGUUUCCAGAAGUUCAAACAUGCCUUCAACCUGCUGGGGAAGUUGAAGAACCACAUUCAGAACCCCAGCGCUGUGGACCUGGUUCACUUCCUGUUCAAUCCGCUCAGACUGGUGAUCCAGAUGUCUGGAGGGGUUGAUCUGGCUAAAAGUGUCAUCGUUCCCCUCCUCACCCGAGAAGGCAUCGACUUCCUGCACGCGGCGGGUUCUGCGGAGGAGAGGCACCUGUGGGUCACGCUGGGAGACGGAUGGACCAAGUGCAGGUUGGAGUGGCCGAAGGAUCACCCGUUUCCUCCGCACAUACUGCGUUUCCGGGAUGGCUGGGAGCCGCCGGUGCUGGUGUCGCGUGAGCAGGAUGUGGCUCAGCUGGCGGAGACGCUCAGCGCGGCACAGACUGAGGUUCAGGGACCUCCGCACCACCAGCCGGUGGUCCAGGACUUCACCUGCGCAGACGGGUACGGCUACAGUAACAAUUCUUACAAGCGUUUGCACCUGCUGGAGCCAGACAUGGCCGUGGCUGCUUUUAAACAAGCGGUCAGCCGUCAUGUAGAUAGAAACCUGGAGGCUCACAGCAGGAACCAGCUGAGAAACUUUGCCAAAUCCAAAUAUGACUUUGUGGCCAGAAACAACACUGAACUGUCCGUGGUCAAAGACGAGGUGGUGGAGGUGCUGGAUGACAGGAAGCAGUGGUGGAAGGUGCGGAACGGGGCGGGCGCUGCGGGAUACGUGCCAAACAACAUCCUGGAGAUCAGCAGGGCGGUGGACGUGACGGGCCGCGGGGAGCCCAUCUACAGCCACACCAUACAGAAGCAGCGGUCAGAUUAUGUGCCCAAGCCGACGGUGACGGAAGCCCCGCCCACGCCGACGCCCCCUCCUCCUCCCGCCCCGCUGCCCCCGCCCGCGCCCCCGCCGGUGGCUCCGCCCACCGAAAGCGCCGAACAAAACGCCACCGACGCCAGCGAGAGCGACAGCGUGACGAUGAGAGACCAUCAGAGAGAGAGACCCGCGCCAGCCAACCGGCGGAAGUCCAACAUGGAGGAGGUUCAGGACGAGCUGAUGCACAGACUGACUCUGGGCCGCAGCGCUCAGAAGAAGUUCCAGGCUCCGUCUCGCUCCAGCAGCCUGCCGGCGGUCAACAUCACGUACGACUCCUCGCCGGAGGAGGUGAAGGCCUGGCUGGAGGUCAAAGGCUUCAGCGCCGUGACGAUCAACAGUCUGGGUGUCCUGACCGGCGCUCAGCUCUUCUCCCUGAACAAAGACGAGCUGAAGACCGUCUGUCCGGAUGACGGCGCCAGAGUCUUCAGCCAGCUCACCGUCCAGAAGGCUGCUCUCGAGAGGAGCUCCGGCUCGGAGCUGCAGGAGGUCAUGAGGAGACGGCAGGAGAAGCUGGCGGCGGUGGCGGGCGAUUCCGGCGUGGAGUCCUUCGACGAGGGGAGCAACCACUGACCCCUCACUCACCUCUGUCACCUCUGACCUUUUUCAGGACGCCACGGAGCGCGCUCAGUUCGCAGCCAUAAUGCGCCGCCGUCAAGAACUCUUGGACCCGUCCGAUAACGGAACCGGCUCGGACGCGGACGAAAACGCGUGAAGAGGAAGUUUGCUUUUUGUAGAGAGAGGUGAACGUUGCUGCAGCGUUCUCCGUAGGUUCCCAUCAGAACAUCAGAGCAGUAUGUAGUCUAGUGCCAUCCAGUUCUGCCUUGAGAACAUUCACAUAUAUUUAUGAUCAGAAACUGAAGACUUUCCCACGACCGGCUGGAAUUUGGACCAAAUAUUGAUUUGAUCUAUUAUUCACUACUGACGUCUUAUUUAUCAGCCGCUUUGAAUGUACGGGGAGAAUUAUGGGUCAAACUUGUAGAUUUUUUUUUUAUUAUUAUUUACUAACAUCAUAAUAUUUCUGUACAUGAUUGUUUUGUACUGAAUUGUACUGCCAAAAGAGAAGCUUUAUAAAUGUCAGAUCUGAGUUAUUUGAGUUUCACAAGGACGUUUGACAGAUUUUGGGCCAAAAUCCUCCUGCGGUCUCGUUCUGGUGAUGACGAUGAUGACAUCACGCCUCAGACACAUGACGACUCGUUACUCUUUGUCCGUAUCGUGACUGAUGUUUGGCCAAAUCGCUCUGUGGGUUCAUGGUUUCUGUUUGCCGCACGUUCAGUCUGUAAAUAUAAAGUGUGUGUGCAGAAUAAAUGGAAUCAUGUGACCUGUGUGAUCAUGACAUCAUUAGAGAUCAACACACACUUCAGUCUCAGUGGGCAAUCGUUGGACUUUUGUUCAUGAACACAAUCACCAGGUUUCUACACACACACACACACACACAAAUUCUGAUUGUGAACAGAAGGUAUUUCAGUGUAAAGGUCAGCUGGAUAUAUAUUUUUUUCAUAUUUUAAUGCCAUUAUCACCAUUAUUUACCUAAUUUGCAAAUAAACCAGUUUUAUUGAUUGCAAUAAAGACGAAGCUAUUGGGAGCGUU